CAGGAGCAGCACCAGAUCCAAGAUGGCAGCCAGCAGGUGGCUGAUGAAGGAGCUUGAAGAAAUCUGCAAAUGUGGAAAGAAAAACUUCUGUAACAUCCAAGUUGGUGAAGCUAAUUUAUUGAGCUGGAAAGGCCUUAUUUUUCCUGACAACCCUCCAUGUGAUAAGGGGGACUUCAGAAUUGAAAUCAACUCAGAAUGUCCAUUCAAACCACCGAAGAUCACAUUUAAAACAAAGAUCUAUCACCCGAACACCGAUGAAAAGGGGCAGGUCUGUCUGCCAGUAAUUAGUGCUGAGAACUGGAAACCAGCAACCAAAACCAACCAAGUAAUCCAAUCCCUCGUAGCACCCGUGAAUGACCCCCAGCCCGAGCACCCGCUCUGGGCUGACCUAGCUGAAGAGUACUCUAAGGACCGUAAGAAAUUCUGUAAGAACGCUGAAGAAUUUGCAAAGAAAUAUGGGGAAAAGAGACCUAUGGACUAAAAUCUACGACGAUUGAUUCCAGCAAGUGUGAGCAGAGACGCCAGCAGUGCAUUCAGACCCCCCUCAAAGCAGGACUGUGUGGAGAAUUGAUGUGUGCCACCGCCUGGUGCCUGCUUAUGGCAGUUAUUAACUUUCUACAGUUUUCUUAAUCAAAAGUGGUCUAGGUAACCCGUGAAGAAAGGAUUAAAAAUUUAAGAUGUUCUAAAAAAUAAUAUAUAUAUAUCAUGGCUUAGGUCAGGAGCACCUUAGUUCUCAAAGUGACAUCUUUGCUUUUUAACACUU